AUGGCAGUGGAGCACGCCGAUAUUCUAGGAGCGAUAAGCUCGAGUUUGCUUCGGUACAUGUUCCCCUUCUACUUUGACGGCGCUGUCUACGUCUUCUUGGUGGACAACACUGAUUCGCCAGUCUCACUGCUCAGACUAGAUAUCCGCACCUUCACCUACAACGUUCUCAACCAGCAGUACUACCGAUUCGAUGGAAUCAGAUCGGCAUGCUUCGAUACCGAUCACCACCAACUCUAUAUUCUCGAUGCCAACUUCCACUUUCACCGCAUCACCAUGUCGACUGGCGAGCGUGUCAAACUUCAGUCACUCGCUCAUUCACUCCAACGUCAAACUCCACCGGCAUCAAUGGUAUACCUAAAAGAAAUACAAACAAUAACAACAAACACAACAACCACAACUAUUCAACACAAUAUUUAUCUACUACAUGGUAGACAAUUUAAGAAUCACAGAUACUCUAUCGACAAUGAUCAGUGGGCAAGUUCUUGGGUAGUGUGUGCGAUGAGUAAUCCAAAACAACCAAUUGGUACGAAUACAAAUGGUGGACCAGAAAUAAAUAGAUUGCCUGUUUUGAAAUCAACUGUACAAAUACCUUGUAAUUCUAGUAGUCAGAAGUCGUCACCUGAUUUAUCAAACAACAAUGAAAGUGGAAAUGACGGUGCUGUUAAGCCAAAUCCAUUCGGUGCAAAAUUGAAACCUGUUGCGACAAGACCAAUAUCAACAACAGGAUUAUCAUCACCUUCAAUAACAACACCAUCAUCAUCAACAACACCAGCACCAACAACAUCAACACCAGCAUCAACAACAGCAUCGCCUGCAAGUAGACCACUUCCAAAACCAGCACCAACAGUGACACCUUCACCAACAACACCAUCAACAGUAACACCAACAUCAUCGACAAUAAAACCAGCACCAUCUGUAUUGAAUAGAUUCCCACAACAAUCACCAGCAACAAGUACUGAUACAACAUCAAAACCACCAGCUAGAAACUUUGUUAUUAAAAAACCUGCACCUGUAGUUUCACAACCUUCAACAUUGGCACCACUAUCAACCACACAACCAAAAAUCACACCACCAGCUUCACCCACACCAACCUCUACACCAUCAACACAAUCAAUUGAAACACCAGCGGCAGCACCUUCUUCACCUGUAAAUAAAAACUCUGAAGUCAAAUCACCUGAUCUUCACAACAACAAUGAACCAGUAACAGUCAACAACAACAACAAUAAUAAUAAUAUUAACAAACCAAUAGAAGUUGCAGUAGAAAGAAAAUCAGUUAUUAUUUCACCAGAUGUAUUGUUAUCAGCAAGUGAUAGUACAACUAUUUCAAUAGCGUCAACUCCAGAUGCAGGUGUUGGACAACCAAAGAAAGUGAUUAAUAAACAAUGGAAACCAGUUGCACCAACUAGUUUGUCACAGUCGACCAUUCCAAUUGCACAGGCUGUCAAUAGCGAGACAUCGGAAAUCGCUAUCAAAGUCACAAAGAAUCUUCAAGCUAGCGCAGCAAAGUCGGUUCAACGUGAGCGACUGAGAGUGCUGGCAUCGCAAUCCGGUGACUCUAUCACACUCACACAGAAGCGUGGUGAUAUCAUUGAGGUUGUAGAGCGUGGCCAUGACAAGCGCUCGUACAUUGGACACAACGGUUACAAGUCGGGUGCAUUCUCCAUUGGAAACACCAAGACAAUGUCACCGCUCUCCGCAGAACCACCUGCCAACGCUGACUAUGCAGUUUGUGUUAAGGACUACCGUGCUCCCAACAACAAAUCGCUUACCAUCAUGCGUGGCGAUGUUCUAGUGAUUUUGGAACGCACCUCUGGAACCAAUUGUAUCGGUAGAAUGAAGCAUGGACUCGAUGGUUGGAGUGAGGCAGGCGAAUUUCCACUGGAAGCUGUCAGGAUUGUUUCGGUGUCCGAAUAUCAUCUGCACAGCGAUGUCAUGGAGAUUCUCAUGGAAAACUCGGAGCGUUCGCUGGACAAUCUAGACGAGUCUAAGGAUAUGGAGAAACGACAGCAUGCAUUGAGGGAACGUGUUAAAGCUAUGCAGUUGGUGCAGGAUCGUCUGCUCUCAGAAGUCGAUGCAUCGAACGCUUUGAAGUUGCAGGCAGAGUUGAGACAACAGGUCGAGUCGAUCGGAGCACAGCUAGGAAUCGAGUAUUUCGUUGCCAAUAAAACAACUGGACAACUUUUAACGAGCGAGGAGACCGCUUCACCUAUCACGUUGUUGCGUGAGCACUACCACAUGAUUGGUGAGAAGCGUUCAUUCAAAACCGACAAGUUGGCAGCUAGCAACAAGACUGCCGGUAGUGAGAUUGACAGUAACGCCGCUGGUGGAGCCACUGGAAAGUGGGAGUACGGACAACUGGUUGUCGAUGAUAUUGAACCAUCGGAUAUUACAGAGGAUGUUGCACUGCUCGUUCGUGUUGUACGUCGUGGAGCAAUGAAAGAUCUCAGUAGCACCGUCGACACUCAAAACAAAAAAGUUAGUAACGCCGACUUUAGACGUCCAUUUGCAUGUGCCAUUCUCAAGUUACACUCUGCAUUCUCCGACCAAAACAUAGGAGUUUUUGAAAAAGAAUAUAAUCUUUCACUUUGGACAACAUCAAGUGAUGUCAAUUUUUCAACAAUUCCAGAUUUCUUAUCAAAGAGUAAUAAUGAUGAAGAAUUGAAAAAGAAUGGUGUGGAACCAGUACCGAAACCAGCUGUAGGUGCUCAAUAUCAAUUGCAAAUCUCUACAGCAUUUUAUGAUCAGCCAUAUAAGAAAUCAUUGGAAAAGUGGUCGGAUCUAGCCAAGUUACCAAAAGCUGAAAAAUUGGAACACAAAGUAGUGCUCAAUGAAAGAAAGCAUCAACUGUACAUCACUUUGGACAGUGGUAAAUUCAUGCAAGGCAAAAAGAUAGAGAUAUCGGUACGUGUUCGUAUGGAGAAUGGUGAUUUCCUUCCUUUUUGUUUGUCACUUGGCUCCGCUUCACAGCUGGUCAGUGAGCUAAAGACAGUUGUCUACACAUCUACUUCGCCAGUCUGGAAUGAAAUGAUUCACAUCGAUGUAAGUCCAGAUAAAUUCCUCCAGGCUCACUUAUUGUUCACCGUGAGAAGUGCCUCAUCCAAAGCCAACAAAUCCAAUGUUUUUGCUUUUGCAUUCCUCAAACUUGGUGGCGCUGACCAAGUGGCGUUGUCGAACGGCGACCACAGUUUGGUGCUCUACAAAGCAUCGUCAGACACUAUCUCCAACAACUACAUCACCGAGGACUUGCCCGCUACACAAUCGGGACUUACUUCACAAUCGGACAAGCUAGACAAAUCGAAAUUCUCAGUGCGCAAAAACGAGUCGUUGAAAAUCAAGUCACUUUUCCACACCACCCAAUUCGUCCAACAUGCAGUCAUCUCACAGUUGAUCGAUUGGAAAUCCAACGAAGCAUCGAUUCCAACGAUUUUGGACAAAUUUAAAUUUGUUGACUCCAUUUCAAUCAUGCGUAAUCUCACUGGAAUUAUUGACGCACUCUUUAAGAUCUACGACUCCAGUACCGCUGGUUCUCUGUUUAUUGUCGAGCCGGUUGCACUGCUUGUUUACAAUGCCAUCGUAUUCAUCAUUGGUUUGCUGACCGACGAGAGAACCAAUCGUUUCAAACACUUCAAAACAGUGUUGGACGAGUACAUCCAGAAUCAAUUCAGUGGUGCAAUGGCGCAUAAGCAUCUCUUGAACUGUUUGUCCUAUCACAUGCAAGACUUCUCCUCAAAGGAAUCAGCCAAGAUCUCUUCGACUUUGAAAGCACUCGACUAUAUCUUCCAGCUGAUUGUCAAGUCUAGAAUUGUAUUCCUGCAGCAACAGAGUGGAAACAAGCUGUCUUCGGAGCAUUCUGAUCAACAGUGGCGUGAGGACAUCUCAGAGUUUUUGGCGAUUCUCAACAAGCUGAUGUCCAACAACUCACCACAGUUGAUCGUAGUCCAAACACUCGCUCUGAGAAACUUUGCCAAUAUGAUGAAAGGAUUGACCAACUUUUUCGGAAAACAGCAACUCUGUGAGAUUCUCUGUCAGUUCAUUGAGAGCGUGCACAUCAGUGAGAAACAAGAGCAUCUCAAUUCCUACAAGCUUACGAUCUUCUUCCAGAUUCUCUCUGGUCCGCUUCCUCUCGACGGUGAAACAAUCCCAUAUCUCUUGCCAACACUGGUCAACACAAUGGAUCACCACUUUAUGAAUAAGGGAGAAGAGUAUCGUCUUUCCAGUCAGUUGUUGGCGUUGGCUUUGGAGUCAUUGGAGCAUAUCAAAGACACCGACAACAAACAACGAUCGCUUUGUACCAUUCUCAAACUCUAUCCAAAGUUGAUGCAACUGGCCGAUUCUGUGAUGUCAGAGAUCAACUCUACACCUUCAAACAUUUCGCUGAGUUACGACACCACCUUCUUUAUCACUUCGGUACUGACAAUCUUCAAUUACCUGGCAGACUUUGGCAUUACCAACAAGUAUAUCAUUGACAACAGUCACAUUGAAACAACACGUACCAAUGUGAGACGUGUUCUCAAAAUCCUAGAGGGAUGGAUGACCAGACAAGUAUUCACAAGUCGCUGGCCAACCAUGCAGCUGAUCCACCAUCGCAUUACAAUGAAGAUGGUUGCCAUCCUCACAACCUUUAUCUACAGAUGUUCACCACUACAACAGCAAAUGUCCGAUCUAGACAUGUGGAACACAUUCCUAACUCUCCAGUUCAGUCUUAUUCUCUCUCCAUUCCUCCGAUCCAGCAAGAAUCGUAUCAACAGACACCAUUACAUAAGUCCGUCCAUCAAAGAAAUCAGAACUAAAUCAAUCGUUAGCAUUAGAGACAAUUGGUCAUACAUGUCAACCAAUCAAAAUCAUUUUGUUCAACAUAUUGUGCCAUUGUUACUUGCAUCAUUAUUGCAUCAAGAUCAUCAAGUUGAUGAAUUAAUUCAAGAUCUAUUCUUCUCAGUUAUGAAAUUAGAUUUUACAAGUGAUAAGAAACCUUUUAGAAGAGUUGAAACCAAGACAAUUGAGAUUUUGGAUAGAAUUAUCAUUAGAGUUGGCGAAGCAGAUGAACAGCUGUUUAGAAACUUCCUCACUGUCAGAUUAUCUUCAUUCUUUGCCGAAACCGAGGUUAUGGACGAAAAGUUUAGAACUGAAGCCAAAGGCUUCAUCGAUAAUAUCAAUCAUUUGUUAGGUUUACUCUUUGAUUUCAGAACGUUACCAAACGAUCGUUCGUUUGAAGAGGAGCGUACCAUUGCUACUUUGAAGAUGAUGGAGUACUUUAAGGAUCGUAAGGAUACCUACAUCAAGUAUCUCCACGAGCUACUCAACCAACACAUCAACAGCAGCUACUUCACAGAGGCUGGACAUGCUUUUAUGUUGCAUUCCGAUCUCUACCAAUGGGGAACGACCACCGUUCCACCCUUUACAUUCUCAACACCCGAUCAUCCGACUCCUCACACAUUCCCACAGGAGACUGCCACCAACAGAAAGAUUCGUCUUCUCAAACUCGCCGUUCAGUAUCUCGAUAAAGGACAGGCAUGGGAGAUCUGUGUCAAACUGAUACAGGAUCUCAAGGAGCAAUACGAAGAGGAGUACAACUUCCGCGCGCUCUCCGAAGUGCUAUCACAAGAAGCCGACUUUUACGAGAGAAUCCUCAGUACCGAACGUUUCUACUCUGAGUACUUCCGUGUUGGUUACUACGGUCGCAAAUUCCCACAGACCAUUCAGGGUAAGGAGUUUCUCUACAAAGGAUUCGAGCUGGAGCGUCUCUCUGACUUUACCAGCAGAAUCCUCGCCAAAUUCCCCAAUGCAGAACUGCUCAAAUCGACAUCGGAGCCGACUCAGGAGAUUCUCAAUGCCGACGCACAGUAUCUUCUCAUCACAAUUGUCAACCCUUCGAGUCGCGAGGAAAUAGAGAACCGAACACGACCGGUAAUCGAAGGAACACCGGCCAACUCACGAAGCUACCUCAAGCGCAACAACGUCAAUGUAUUCGUCUACUCGAAACCCUUCAAAAAGACAACAGUAAAGUCAGGAAACGAAUUCGCUGACUUGUGGAUUCGUAACCAUUUCCUCAUUACCGACUCGACGUUCCCAACGAUUCAUCGUCGUGCCGAAGUCAUCAAGAAGAAGGAAGUCGAGGUGUCGCCCGUCGAGAACGCACUGAACUCUGUCACUCAAAAGACGACCGAUCUCGAAGAGAUGAUCAGCAAGUACGAGUUGAACCAACAACUCAACUUGAACCCACUGGCAAUGGCGCUGAACGGUAUGAUCGACGCCGCAGUCAACGGUGGUAUCAACCUCUACAAGGAAGCGUUCCUCGGUCCGACCGCCGGCCCCGACGUCAACAAGGAAAUCUCCAACAAACUGGCGUUGGCACUCAAAAAGCAGAUAGACAUACUCGACAGAGGAAUGCAAAUUCAUUCCAUCCGUUGUCCAGAAGAGAUGAGAGGAUUACAUGAAAAACUUGAAUCAUUAUUCCCAAAGAUAAAAUCAGAUGUUAUGUCAUUAAUUAGAAAGCGUUUUGUUUACUUUGAAUAUAUACAUUUAUAUAUGAUUGGUUAA